AAUUUCACUCUAGAGGACUGUGGCGAUCUCUAACUUCACUCUUUGAUAAAUAUACCCCACAGAGUGGGUGGUGGUUGUCACUGAAAAUAACUAAUAUCUGUAUGCUUUCAAAUAGUGAUGCGUGAGUAAGGAAAAAUCUCAACCUUCACAAAACCUUAACCCGACCCUAUCCCACAGCAACUUUAGGACCAUCGCCUGCAUCUUCCAGCUCUGUGUGCUACUUCUGCACAUGCAUCUGAUUCCAAGACAGGGAAUUGUUGGAAGCAAAGGAGGAGUGUACUUCUCUAGUCUGACUCACACCCAACCAGAACCCACAAUGUUCUUCCAAAUUUGAACCUGUCUGACCAGCGGGUCAACUCGCACAUCACUACAGUUCUGACAUACCAUGAGGCAUUUCCAUUUCUACUUGAGUCCUUCAAGUAAAGCCUUCAUAAAUCCUCCAGCCUGUCAUCUGUGACCUUCUUUAUAUGCAAGAAAAUAGCCAAUCCUCAGGAUGAAUCUCAUUUUUGCCAAGUUGCUCUGCUUGCUGGCAAUACUAGUGCUGAUGAUGUUGGGGUCACUUAUACCUGUAAAGAUAACAGAGGCGGAUUUUGAUAAAGCUUCUCGUUCCCGGAAAAUCCUUGCACUGUCUAAUUCGUUUGCUGGCGGGGUGUUCUUGGCUACCUGCUUUAAUGCAUUGCUUCCUGCAGUGAGAGAAAAGUUUUUUGAUCUUUUUAAAAUGGGAAACAUUUCUACAGAUUACCCCUUGGCAGAGACUAUUAUGGUUGUUGGGUUCUUUCUCACAGUUUUUGUGGAGCAGACUGUUUUGACAUUUCGUAAGGAGAAACCUUCUUUUAUUGACAUGGAGACAUUUAAUGCUGGAUCAGAUAUUGGAAGCGACUCUGAAUUGGAAAGCCCUUUUAUAUCAGCCAACCAUGGUCAUAAUCUGUAUGAAGAAGGUCAUAGCCAUCACUCUCACAGCCUUAACAUUAAAGAACUAUCUAGCUCAAGUCCUGUCCGGCUCUUCAGUUUAGUGUUUGCUUUGUCUGCUCACUCUGUCUUUGAAGGGCUUGCUCUAGGCUUACAGGAGGAUGGGAACAAGCUUCUUAGUCUUUUCAUUGGUGUUGUUAUUCAUGAAACGUUGGUGGCUGUGGCACUUGGUGUCAGCAUGGCAAAAGUAAACAUCCACCUGAAAGAUGCAGUUAAAAUGGCAGUCUUGGUGAGCACAAUGAUCCCUAUUGGUAUAGUACUUGGAAUGGCAAUAGCGAGUGCUCAAAACAUGGCCAGCAGCAUUGCUUCAGCUCUUUUGCAAGGCAUUGCUGGAGGCACCUUUCUCUUUGUUACCUUCUUUGAAAUUUUGGUUAAGGAACUGGAGGAAAAAAAUGAUAGGUUGCUGAAAGUGCUCUUCUUGGUUUUAGGAUACACUGUUUUAGCAGUGCUUGUCUUAUUUAAAUGGUAAUACAGAUGCAUAUGUAUGUUAGAUGUUUGUAUAAUGGAUAACAUGCCAUGUACUGUUAAUUAUAAAGUUAUUAGAAGUAUCCAAGCAGUUCCAUCACAAUAUAAAUGCAGGAGUGUUUUUGUUGUUGACAGGUUAUGGAACUGUGAGAUGACUUGUAAUAUCAUGCUCAAUUUUAGUAGGGAUACAUUUUCCAUUAUAAAUCUAAGGUGUGACAAUAUUUGCAGUUUAGUUGUCUCAAAUAUAUAAUAUUAAAGAGCAGAAGUGCUAAGCUAUAGAUGAUUAGGAGCUUCCAGCUAUUUAACUACCAGCAUCCAGCACCUUAUCAUAGACAAAGGCUGAAGGUUAGCUGCCCUCUUUUUCCCUCUCCCAUUCUCUAUCUCUCUCUCCCAGCAACAAUAGCAGGAGACUGAAUGCUGCAGCUAAAGAGUGGGUUACUUACUGUUUACACAUUUUAAUAGUAAAGUCAU